UAGAAUGGUAAAAUAUCUUCAUUCACAGUUUGUUGUCAACAAUUCAACAUGAGGGCAGCAAUAGUUUUGGCACUUAUCGGUACAGUUUUGGCGGCUCCGCCAGUCAGGCUGAUGCCGAAACAAAAUAGUGAACAUGAUCAGUACGCUCAUAUAUUUGCGAAGGUACGGCCACCAGGCCAGAAGCACCAGAACAUUGAGAUUGAAUUCCAGCCAGAGCACCACAACUCUCAGUCGAGCAACCACGUCGAAACGGAAAUCAAGCAUGUGGAGCACAAGCAGCCUCAGCACCUGGAACAUGAGAUCAAGGAGCAGAGUUCUUCUCCUAUUUCUCAGGUGGAGUCGAGACCUCCUCACACCUUGGACUUUGAGAUCAACCCUGUGGAGAAGAAGCCACCCCAGCGAUUGGAGUUUGAUGUGAAGCCGCAGCACGACCAGAACUCUCCCCAGGGACAUUUGGUUUCAUUGGGCGUCAAGCCAGUGGAGCAGAAGCCUUCUCACCUCUUGGAGGUCGAGAUUAAGCAGCAGCAGCAACAUUCUUUGCCAAGUCAUCAGGUGGAACUGGAAAUCAAGCAGGUGGAACAGAAGCCUCCUCAGCACUUGGAGGUCGAGAUCAAGCCGGUUGACCAGAAGCCACCUCACCGUCUGGAGCUUGAAGUCCAGCAGCAGGUGCAGCACCAGAACUCCGAGCAUGGACAUUUGGUUGCUUUGAGACCAGUGGAGCAGAAGCCCCAACACAUCGAUCAUGAACUGAAGAACUCCCAAAAAAUCGAUCUGGAAGUUGCUCAAGAGAAUGAGCCCAUGGCUUCCCAACUCCAGAACCAACAUUUCAACCUCAGUCUGCACCAAUAGAACGGUGGGCCACAAAAUGUAUCCGUUUUACAAAGUGCAUUAAAUAUGUAUAAUUACAAA